ACUAUUUUGACAGAUACACAAUUUAUAUAUUAAAUUUGAUAUAACGCUACAGCAAAAAUUUUCUCGCUAUUUUAUCUUUUUACUCCGAACUCUCUCUUCGGUAUAUUUACGUCCUGUGCUCGAGGUGUCGGUAAGGUAGGUCUUUUUUCGCGGCAUUCCCUCUCUCUCUCUCUCCCUCGCGUCACGGGCGCCUCCCGAAAACAGCGGAACGCGGAACUGGGGAGACAGAGUGCGGACGGAGGAACGCGAACCGUUGUAUUUUCACGGGGGCCAUACGUCGUUCGUGCGCGGAAAUUCCUCGUCCCCGAUCGCCCGAGAGAGCCGGAGAGCGUCGUUUCCGCGAGCUCGCGCUUCCUGCCGCUCGUUCCACGCGCGGCGCGUCGUCCCCGUAGGCGCCGCACCCCGGGGCCGCACGAACAGCUGGCGCGGAUGAAGAAACGCCACGGGCGAGAUUACGCGACAGCGUAACCACGUUCUCUCUCUCUCUCUCUCUCUCUCGAGAGUGUGUAAGUGUGUAAGUGAGUGUCUUCGCCCAUCAUCCUCGGAGAGGAACAUCGAGGACGUCGCUCGUCUUCGAGGAAAAUCAAGUCGAAGCAUAUUCGGUGAUCGAGAAGAAGAGGAGGGCGGAUUCGGAGUAAAUCUUUCGCGAGGACUUGGUGACAUCUUUAUAUAUAUACAUAUAUAUAUAUAUAUAUAUUAUUUAAAUGGAGGAAAGCAUGCCGAAGACGGCGUCGAGGGCUCGUGGUGUCGCGAUGCCCCCGUGACCGAGUUCGAGGCUCAGUUUUGUCGGUGCUGCUGCCCCGUGCUGCCGGACAACGGGUUCCUUGGUUUGAUUGCAAAGAGAAAGACUCAUCCUUGGACUCUCGCUUCUUGGAGUAAUACUUACCUUCAUCGUCGGCUAUGGUUGUAGCUAGCAGCGGAGGGUGGGUACAAAAUGCCAGUGCGCCCGCUGAGCAGAACAACUCCAACCUGAGCCAGAACAAUACACAGAACAACAACAACAACAAUAAUAAUAAUAACAACAACAAGAUGACUGCCAAAGGUGUUCUGAUCUGCCGGGACAAUUCCCAUCCCUUCCAGGAGCGUACUCUGACUCUGGAUCAACCUGUCAAGAUCGGUCGUUCGGUAGCCAGAGCAAGAGCCGCGCCGAAUAAUGCAAUCUUCGACUGCAAAGUACUCUCUAGGAAUCACGCAUUGCUCUGGUACUCCUCUGGGAAGUUUUACCUGCAAGACACGUGCAGCAGCAAUGGUACGUUUGUCAAUAAUCAGAGACUCAGCGCAUCAGGACUUGAGUCGACGCCCAAGGAGGUUUGCUCCGGGGACAUAGUGCAAUUUGGAGUGGACGUUGUGGAAAGUACAAAGAAAGUUACCCAUGGAUGUAUAGUCGCUACUUUAAAGCUGUAUCUGCCUGAUGGGAAAGAGGCCAAAGCCAGUCUCAGCACCUCUGUCAGCUUGCCUGCUGGGAAUGUGUCCCUCGAAGACCUUUAUAAGCUUAAUCAAGUGAUGCAAGAAGCCUCGAGACGAGAGAAGGCUCUCUAUUCCAAACUGGGGUAUCUGCAACAGCUGGUGGAGAAUACUCGUAAGGCUGCCAAUCAGUCGUGGAAGGCACUGAUUACAGAGGACCGUCUGCUGUCCUGGGUGAUGACUGUGGAAAGUCAGUUGGCGGUUUACUCAAAGAACUAUACCGAGGACAAGAUUAGGAACGAACUGGCGAAGCUUCAGGACGAAAAGGCGCAGUAUCAGAAUGCCGCCAAGGAAGCGUUGCAGAAGAUACUGCAGGAGAAGCUCGAGGUCACUCAGAGACUGGUGCAAUUGGAGGGACGUCUGAACGAGACGGAGGAGGAAUGUCAAAGUUUACACAACGUGGCCAAGUAUACUCAGACGGAACUUCAGGAACUCAGCGCGAAAUACGCGGAGACUCAGAAGAAGUUGCAGGAGACCACCAUUAAGCUUCUGGAGAACGAGGAGAAGAUGAAGGAUAUGCUGAUGAGCGCGGAGCAGGAGAAACGAGACCUCGGGAAACGCCUCGAGGAUCAGUCCAGGGUCGAGAAGUAUCUACGGGUGAGAUUGCGCGAUUCUCGAUUGGACUCGGUGAAUAUUUACAAGCAGAUCACCGCCUUGAGGAAUUACACGCAGACUCUGCAGGAUAUGAAUUUGAAGCUGGAUGUGGGCGAGAAUUUCGAUUCCAAGUCCAACGAGGAUCCUAUAGAGGCUAUCAAUACUAUUCUUAACAAAUUGAAUUCCAUUCACGUCGACAACAUCGACAUCAAUCUCAUAGACAGCGAUAUUAAUCUUUAUUUAUCCAAGAGCGAGCAGGAUAAUCAAAUCAAUUCGCCGGACGCGGAUAGAGUCGACAUCCGACGUAUCUUCCAAGGUCAAUGCAAGCAACUAAAGUCCUCCGACUUGUCGUUCACCAAAGAUCAGCUGGACGACCUGCAGACAACGACCGACGACAGUCUCACGGAGUACAUCCUGCCACCGCCGUCGUCCAGAAGGACCUUGGUCAACGGGAACCUGGGCAAUCUGGACACCAACGGCGACUCGGACACAAACUCGGAGGCGACCGACGACACGUGCAGUAUUACGAACGACGACGCGAGCGAGAAGUCCGUCAUAGAGAAUAACACGGAGAAAGUGGACGCUCUCUGGUCGGAGCUGGAAACUGACAUAAAGCAGGACAAGCCGGAGGUUCGAUUCGCCGACGUCGAGGACAAUCAGCAGUCGGUGGUGCCAACGGAACAAAUUGCCAAAGACAACGACGACGUCAAAACAUCAGCGACCGAGGACGACGUCAGCAUCGUCGACGGGACGUCGAUGUAUGAUGACGAGGAUAAGGAUCACCGGCGAGAAGGAGACGACGAGGAGGCGGCGAAAGGAAACGAGGAGCGCGUAGAGGGGGAUUACAUCAAGACCUUGAAGCCUGUACUCAAGAACGACGCGGCGAUGCAGCACCAGCAGGCUCACCAGUCCAGCAGGGACUACGUGUUGCAGACGUUAAUUGGCUCUUUAGACUCGUUAAGAGGCGAGGACAGCUACGAGGCGCAGCGGACGGUGAAGAGGGAGAUGGAGGAGCUGAAGGACUGGCUCGCCCGGGAGCCGAACGAGAUUGUCGUUGACAAAUUGCGGGAGCUGUAUUAUCGCGCGAAGAACGAGGCCCAGCGGAUGCAGGAGGUCAAUGAGGAGCUGGUAAUAGUGAAGGAGAAGUACAACGCGUUCGUCGAGGAGAAGGCAGAGCUGUCCAGGAAGUACAUGUCCUUGAAGGCGCAGUGCGGUGAUCUGUUGAACGCGACUUACAACGUCCCGAUACACUACGUGGCGCCUAUCGCGCUCGUGCUGGUGUGGCUGCUGCUGGAGAAGAUAUUCUAAUCUCGCGUUCUAGACACUCUUCGCCCGAAUCCGAUCUUAUAUUUGAGUUUUCAGUCCGGUCGAGAGUUGAUUUAAGAUCCCAUUCAACCAAUCAGAUGAUUGCGCAUCUUAAAUAUAAGAUCGGCCUGUGAAUACCAGCCUUCAUCUCUCUCUCCAAUAUUUUUUUUUCUCAUAUUGCGUAUACCGGGUGUACAAAGGUUACCGCAUCACUCGUUAAUGGGAUAUUCCGGGUUAUUUUUUCUCGAAAAUGUCAAAGAGUGUCAUCGUUUUUUUUUUGCACCAUAUCGUAUAUUUAUAACUAAGCUAAGUUAAAAUUAUAUCAAUUUAAGUUCAAGUUAAGGGGAUGUUUGUGGUUCAUCGAUAAAUAUUAUUUUUAUUUGCAUUAGGUCAACCUAAAGGAUAAGAAAACUAAUUAUUUAACUUUCUUGGUUCUUUUUAUAUAUAUAUACAGGGUC